AUGGAGAAGAAGAUGAAACUGUUUCAGAAUAGCCUCUGGAAAGAUCACAUAAAAACCAAGGACUUUGUGGACUAUACAGUGCAUAACUUUCUACCAGACACCUUCAAGCGCUAUUUCCGAAUGAGCAGAGGAACAUUGGAGGCGCUAUGUCAAUCACUCGCACAUUCACUGUCGACACGAACGGUUCCAGGUGGUCGUCCAGAGGUCCCACUGGAGAAGAAGGUUCUACUGAUCUUACGCUAUCUGGCAGCACAGGAAACAAUGUUCAAACUGGGUCAGGACUUUGAUGUUACAGAAUAUAGUGCCCUGAAAUGCCGCCGUGAUGUCAUUGGUGCUAUUAACACUGUUCUUCUGCAAAAGUUCAUCAAAUGGCCUGAACGUGCUGAUCUCGCUACAAUCGCACAAGACUUUGACACCUUUGGGAACUACAGGUUUCCAAAUAUCGUUGGAGCGAUUGAUGGAUGUCAUAUUGAAAUUGAAGCUGCAGUCAACAAUCCAAAGAUUGGAUGGCCUGGCCGUGUACAUGAUGCAAAAGUCCUAAGAAAUUCAACCUUAUGGAACAGUGGCUAUGAGAAAACCAACAAUGGACAUUACCACCUUAUUGGGGAUGCUGCAUAUCCAAUAAAAGAAUGGAUACUCACACCAUACAGGGACAAUGGACAGUUGACACCACGACAGCUGCGCUUCAAUAGGUGUCUGUCAUCCAAACGACAGGUUGUGGAACGGGCCUUUGGUCUCUUGAAGAACCGAUUCCGACGUCUGAGACAUGUUCAUAUCCACAACGUACAUGAAAUCUGCAAAGUAAUUGCAGCCUGUUGUGUCCUCCACAAUGUAUGUGUACUGCGUGAAGAUCAGCUUUAGGAUGUCAUUGAUCAUGACCCACAGCCGGUACUGCAAGGACCUUUGCCCACGUUGCAGCAAAAUGAUGCUCAGGGGCAACUGAAACGUGUCAUGAUCACUAAUAACCUGUAG